AGCAUGAGCGAGGACUGACGUGACUCCGAACCCUUUGGCGUAGGCCUGGCUGUGAUAUUUGAGUGCGUGGUGAAAGUGCAAGCAGAAUCUUCUCGAGCACUCGAACUACAGACCUCGUACGAGCCGUAAUCUCCUUCAAUCUGGAUGACGGUGACGUUGUUCGUGUGGAAGUUCCUUGGCAUUGUCAGAUACCCCUUGACGGAGAGCACGCCCGACCCUGGAUUCGAACACUUUCAGAUCACGCACCCAAUGCACCUGAGCAGAGGCAAAAUCUUCACCUCGGCACUGGUCCGAUCACAGUCGGUGUCGCGCGCAACAUUGACAUUGUAGUGCCUGAAGAGCUGUUGAAGCUGAGAUCCAAGCCUCGAGGACACUCUCAUCAGUACGCUUCGACCUGUUCGAGUCACGGAGGCUUCCAACGUGCACUUUUCCGCGGCGCUAGCCGCCAUCGCAUCGGCAGCACGAACCUCUCGCGUCUCUGCAUCCACCCAGCCUCCAAGUCGACCGCCACCGGAGCACCAUGAAGGCCGAACGCGCUGGGACUGACCAGCAGCUGGAGCUCACGGUUUGGGCUGACGAGGACAAAUUGCCGGAGUACAUCCUCCCUGGCGCCGGAAGGCACCCGAAUAUUGUCGAGCGCUUCAUCCCAGUCGAAGCAGGCCAGCAGAUAACAAUCAGAGGGAAGUUCGAAGGCACCACAUUGGAAGCCUCCUUUGAUCUCGUGAUUGAUGGCUCAUUUCUGGUUGAUUUGAGGAUCGGAGACAAGCGCGCCCGACAUUACGCAAUACGGACCUUGAACUUCGAGCGAGUCUAUGACUGUCCGAGUUUCAAGGAGGGCUGGACUUCGAAGCUUCAGCCCCCUCUAGACGUUUACGAAGCAAACCUGUUCACAGAGCGUAUCGACGAGAAGAAAGUUGUCUUGGCGAAGAUCGAGGAUGAGGACAGAAUGAUAGAGCGGCCAGGUGUAGGCAGUAUUCAGGUGGUGGCGAACCUCAAAGAUACUGAGCUUGACCAGCGCAUGGAUGAUGCAGAAUGGGACAUGGAGGGAGAGGGUUGGAUCUAUCGAUCCCAGAAGUCCGUUCGGCGAAGCGGCAUCAAACCUGACUAUGCCAUGGAGGUUCGGCACAUCAGUUCCCACAAAGUUCCACAGAAGCGCAGCAAGACACACCGAAAUCACUGGAAUGUCCACCCUCGAUUUGGAUCGAAGCCAUGGGGCCGCUUUAUCUUCUAUUACAGGAGCCAAGAAGCCAUCAACAAAGCCGGCUGCAUCUUGCGUGAGGAUACAGCACAGCAACUGGACGACUUCACAGAGACGCACGAUCUGUCUCUCGCUGCGGCUGGUGCAUAUAAACCUGACGAUGAAGACAUGACUGGCCUGAGUCCACCUGGUUUUGCGGCACCCCGCUCAGAGCGUUCUCUGCCUCACGCGCGCAGGUUCAAGCGACUGGGAGGCAAUCUCGGCUUGCAGGAGAGUCCAAACGCCACUGAGAACAAUGCAGACGGGUCUCUCUUCGUUGAUUCUGACACCAACCUCGCCAAUGACUUGGGCAGCGAAUGGACUGGCGGCAUGAUUUUCAGCAGAGACACUGGGAAAGGAAAGCGCACUUCACCACCUGCAAUUGCCACGACCCGAGGCACGGAAGUUAUAGGUGACCACGGAAACGACUCUGCAAGACACGAGGCGCGCAACAAGACUUCAGCCGCUCAACGUCGCCGUAGAAGUAGGUUUCUGGACAGGCUCACUUCAGAUGAGGACCCGCUUUCACAUGCACAUUCUACCAGAGACCCGUUCACCCCAGAAACCGACACACUUGGCAAACAUCCAGCCGCCGCUUUGUCCUCACCACCUUCCACAAACAUGGCGAAGCAUGACUACCAGCGCCAACUCGUCAAAGUUCCAGAGCUUCCAGAAAUCAUUGAACUAGUCGGACCCGAAGGCAUUUCUCAGCUAGAACUGAACGCGUACUUCAACAACAUCGCCAAAGUAGAAGCUUGGUCGCAAUCGCUUUACGCCAAACUGCGCACCGACUUCAACGAACGCGUCAAAGAAGUCGCCGACAUUUCAAAGCUCAAAGUCACGCUCAAGGAACAACACCUUUCCUCGCUCAAGGCCGCCGACACUCCUCAGCCCGACUCAGCCGCAGCCGCCAACAUGGUCAAUCCAUUCACCGAUCGCGACGCGCGCACGCCCAAAGCUCCCUCCGUAUCCGCUGAUCGUACGAACGCGCUCAAGCGCGCCGCGUCCAAAUCGUCUACUCCUGACGCUGGCGCCACCACCAAGAAAGUCAAGAUCGAGAAGGCCGAGAAAGCCGAGAAGGCCGAGAGCAGUCAUGCCGCCGACAUGGAAGCGCGCCGUCGCAAUCUCGAAGCGAUCCGAGAGAAGACUGCGGCUUUGCUAGAGCAGGCAGCAAAAGUCAAGGCUGAGAAGGCAGAGAAGAAGGCGAGAAAGGAGCGUGAGAAGGCUGAGCGAAGGGAGAGGGAGAGACAAGAGCUUGAGCGUGCUGAGAAGGAGAGAGAGGAAGCGGAGUUGCUGGCCCAGGAGGAAGAGGUCUUGAAGUUGCAGCAGCAGGCCGCGGAGGCUUUCGCGCAGGCUGAGCUGGAGGGUAGUGACUCUGACUCUGAUGACGAGAGUACGCUUGGUGAUGCUUCUGGCUUGCAGGACGAACGUCAAGGCAAGGCUGGAGGGGAGAGUGACGAGGAUUGAGGGGUUGCGACGAGAACCGGGCGGAGAUUUGUUGUUGUCGAGAGCGGAGCGAUGCGAUACUGUACAAUACUGCCGAAGAUGCGGAUUGGUCCUGAAGUAGAGUCGAGGAGAUUGCACUUUGCAGUCUCCUGCAAGAGAGCUUCAGCAAAUGCUAGGCUGCCAGCGUCCAGCCGACAGACGCGUGUGGCCAGGCUUGCAAGCACCAAUCCAGCAGAUUUCAAAUUAAUGCCAAGAAAACCAUCAAACUUCUCAUUCCAAAACAUACUUAGGGUAUCGCAACACGUAACAUCAUGCAAUGUCUCCUCGCCCAUAUUCGCUCACUCAUCGCUUGCUUCUUCCAGUCCUCCGUCACAACAGAGGACCACGGGAUAGCAGC